AUGGAUCCAUUAUCAAUCAUAGCCAGCAUCGCUGGUAUAGCAACAGCUGGAGCGCAAUUGUCAAGUACCCUUUUCCGCGUCCACAAAACAGUUCGUCAUGCUCCUCGAGAGAUUCAAUCCGUCGCGAUUGAGAUGGCAGGCUUGAGUGUCACACUCGAGCAUUUGCAUGACAUCUUCAAGACGGGACAAUUGUACACAAAACCAUCAUUCCUUGAAGCCGUCAGACAUGUUAUUAAAAACAUCGAGGCAACUCAAAAAGAAAUCUUCAGUAUGGUAAACGAAAAUACCAUCAUUGUCAGAUUCAAAUGGCUCAAAGCUGCCAAGUACUUGUCUGAAAUUGAUAAGCAAAAGGUCACUUUGACGUUGCAAAUUACUAUCCUUUCUGCGGCUAUUUUAGUCAAGUCCUCUAAGAAUGAAUCGUCUUCUGUACAAGAAAAAGUAGACAACAGAUUCAGACUACAAGCCGAGAGUGUGAUCCAAACUGGCCAAGCCUCUUUUCAGAGAGAGAAACUUGAUGUUCCUAAACAGAACAACGACGAACCCAAUUCCGCUAUGAUCAAACACGCAACACUAUACUCGCCUCCCGAUCCCCACGGCCAUCUCGGAGACGAUACACAGGAUCAUGACGAUGAUUAUUGUGAAUACAAAAACAAUCGCGGAAGAGCAGCAGGGUAUGAUCCGCUCGCCGGUCGAGUUGCCCAAUUUGGCCAAAACUUUCACUUGCAUGGCGAUGCAGCCACAUUUUUGUAUAACCUGGUCUUCAUGACAGAGGUUGUACAAUAUGGAAAGGCUCCUCAGGUUCCCGGUUCUUCUGACGCAACUCGAGGAGGCCUGCAAGACGAAUCCCCAUACUACUCCGGCGAUGAUCUUUCAAUAGACUCAGAAGACCUCGACAACGCAGAUGGUUCUAUAUACCAUAGGGAUAGAUCGAGAAUCUCUCCAGGAAAUGUGCAUCGAAGACCGCAGGAGCCUGCAAGAGUUGUCAAUCAGCUACUUCUAGCUUGGACGUCGCUAAGUCAGAGUGAAAUUGAGAAGGACGUUGCAGAUGAGGAGGAUGCUGCAGAUAUCAAGGAUGCUACAGAUGAUAAGGACGAUGAGGACAACAAGGAUGUUACGGAUGAGAAGCCCACCGCGGCACGAAGCUUCUGUUCCAGGAAUGCCUAUGUCGAGAGUGAUGACGAAAGCGAAAAUGAAGGUGUGAAAAGCUCUCAAGGCACAAGCAACUGGCCUCAUACAGAAUCAAACUCAAGGCCUGGUUCUCCAAAUUCAACGGGUUAUCGAAACGAGAUCCCAAAACGAGAUGCUUAUCGACGUGGAACCGUUCCUCCUCUCGCACAGCCUUAUUUUUAUAACCAUAACCAGCCAGGCGUCACCGCCCCGUACUACCCACAUAUGGCUCCAAACCAUUUCAGUCAUCAGCAACUGAACCAUCCGCGUUACGAUCGUUGGGGUUACCCUUACGCAGCUCGAGCAGUUCAGCCCCCAACACCAACACCGCCAACAGGACGAAGACAACAAACUACAGAACAGAUACCCACUCAGGAACCACCGUCCAAGGCAUCUUCGAAGCCCAAGUUUCAAAAACCGCAUGCCGUUGUGCUUCCGUAUGCAGACGCGGCCGAUUCGGAAAUUGGGGCUAUGACGCCCAAACUUGAUGCUUCGACAUGCCAGAAAAUGAGUAUUGUCAGACAAGAUGAAGUAGCUGUCUGGAACUCGGACGAAUAUAAUUCCAAGAACAGUAUACCUGGGAAAUCAAUCAUGGGGGCACUUAUCGGGGACAAGACAGCUAGAAAUCCGCAUGGUCUCGAUCUGGCACACACCUUGAUGCAAGGCCAGGAUAUGAAACUGAUAUAUAUACGAGGAAAUGAGCUUGGGGAAACGUGGUUCAUUAAUGAACAGCCAGUCUUUUUACAAUUCUUUCACUGUGGAUACAUCCCGCAGUUCUACCCAACGAAAGAAUCCGAAAUCACAGCUAUGAAGCAAGAUUACGUAGCUGUAGGAGAGGAAUGGGCUAGUUUUGAGGCCCUGAAUCAGUUAGGGCUUCCCAGCAAAGGAAGAGACGAAGGCAGAUCCAUGGUUAAAGAACUCGCUAUUACGACACUUCAACUGAGAAGUAUGAGGCAAAGACGCAUUUACACCCCAACAUUCUACAACUCAAAAGUUACCUUUCGACUGAAGCACUGUGGAGCAAUUCCAGAGCAGUCGGUCGUGGGAGAAUACCCCGAUGAUCUGCUUCACGUUAUAAAGACACAAGCGGAGGUGAAACUUGGAGGCGAGCAACCUGAUAUCUUGAAGUUCUUGGUAGAAGAUGAAGAGAAGAAGGAAGAAGUUGCCAAGAGUCCAAAAGUAGAAACACAAAAUACGCAGCCACGGAUCGCUAUCACACCACCACCUACACCACAAGAGACUUCUUCUCCAGACCUUUACGCAAGCGAUAGAUCCUCAACAGCGUCUUCAAGAUCGCGAUUGUCACGGUUUGUGCACCGCUAUAGGUAUGGAAGAAAGGAGAGUCAGUUGUCGCCACCGCUACAGCGUUACAGUUCCAAGAGCAGCGAUGAUGAUACCGUGAGAGAAGAGUUUGAGGACGAUGAUAAGAGACCCGUGACACCAGCAGAUUCUGGUGUUGGAAGUUCACUUGGCUGA